AUGUCUUCCUCGUCUUCCUCCGCUCCGGUGAUCCCCAUCACCGAGAAACCAGCCCCGCGGCUUGGCCCUGCUCUGCAUCCCGCCUUCUACAUUGCUGUCGAAACACCUACUGACAUUGCCUUCUAUAGAGUACCGUACGCGACUUUCCCCUCGGCUCCUGGUGCCGUCAUUCUAACAUGCUGGCAUCUCGUCUUUGCGACCCUGGCCACGCAGGUGCUGGCUAAGACGACUCACCUGCUCGACUCGAGGAAAAACGUGCGCAUGACGGGCCGCAUCUACCUGCGCGCCGUCGUCCCCAUCGGCGUCCUCUACUCGGGCUCCCUCGUCUGCUCCAACCUCGUCUACCUCUACCUCUCGGUCGCCUUCAUCCAGAUGCUCAAGGCCGCCGCCCCCGUCGCCGUCCUCUUCGCCUCGUGGGUCUGGCGCGUCAAGGAGCCCUCGUGGCGCUCCUUCUGGAACAUCCUCAUCAUCGUCUCGGGGGUCAUCCUCGCCAGCCUCGGCGAGAUCGACUUCAACUGGCUCGGCUUCGUCUUCCAGCUCGGCGGCAUCGUCUUCGAGGCCAUGCGCGUCGUCAUGAUCGAGGUCCUGCUCCGCGGCGAGGGAGACCUGCAGAAGAUGGACCCCCUCGUCAGCCUCUACUACUACGCGCCCGUCUGCGCCGUCAUGAACUUCUUUGUCGCCGCCGCGACCGAGUUCAGCACCUUCAAGUCGGAGGACAUGUGGAACACGGGGCUGGGCAUGCUGCUGCUCAAUGCGGGCGUUGCCUUUAUGCUGAACGUGUCCAGCGUCUUCCUGAUCGGCAAGACCUCGGGCCUCGUCCUGACCCUGACCGGCAUCCUCAAGAACGUCCUCCUCAUCUUCGUCUCGGUCCUCAUCUGGCACACGCACAUCACCGCCCUGCAGUUCCUCGGCUAUGCCGUCGCCCUCGGCGGCCUCCUGUUCUACUCGGACAGCCUGAAGUGGGAGCACGUCCAGGGCGCGUCGACCUGGGCCCGCGGCGUCAUGGACUCGCCGCGCCUGGACGAGACCCGCCUGUCGCCCCUCGUGCGCAAGACGCUCAUCGCCGCGAUGGCCCUGCUCAUCGUGGGCAUGCUCGUCGUGGGCAUCACGUUCGACGACACGAUGGCCAAGGUGGCUGGCAGGAGCCCGUGA